GAAAAUGGUAAAAGUUACUAUUUAAACAAAAAACAAAAACUAGUUCCUUAUUUUAUAAGAACCAGUUGAAAAAAUGGCGUCCUCCAGAGGACAGUUCAUUGGGACAAUUUACACAAGAACACAAGGAUUGAUUCGGUCUGGUGCUAUGAGAAGAGAAAAAAUUCCUCUCUGGUUUAAUAUUUAUGAAGCUUUUCCACCAUUAGACAAAUUUAAUGCAGAGGAAAAAGAGCCUGACCAGGCUCGCAGAAUUAAACGAAUUAAUUACCCAGAGGACCUAAUCCGAGUGAAAUUCUAUGAGAGAUAUGGUACACCAGAGGUAGUGAAUUUGGAGAGCAAUGUAGACACCCUUAGCCAAAAAUUUGCAAAAUAUUACAUUGCGAACAAGAAUUCAAUGUUGAAAGAAAAUCCAGGGUUAUCUGAAAGUAAACAAACUGAAGACAGAUUGAAGGAAGGGGCUGAGGGCGAGCCCACCAGUGAGGACACACCUAGCAAAGAAUCCCAGGUCCAGUUUGAGGACCUCCUCAGAGUCUUUUCCCAUGAUCACAAUCUCAAAAUGAGUGCAGAAGACAUUCGUCGACAGAAAAAGAAAAGACGACAAGAGAUUAUGCAGAUAAGGAAAUUAAGAAAAGACAAUAAGGACUUCAAGUCCGAGAGUAUCUUUGGCACCUGGGAUGAAUUAGAGAGAUCCUGAUUCUUUGUGGAAUAUAGCAUUAACAUUGACAAGAACAUUUCCUCUGCUAAAAACCUACGACCAAUUUUUUCUCAGUGAUGAAGUGUGAUAGACAAGUCAGCAUGCCAAUGUCAGAAGAAUUGAUUUUGUAAAUCUUGAUUUCAUCCUUUGGUAUGAUAUUAAAUUGAAUUUGGAAAGAAAGAUUAAUCUGUAAUUUGAUGAAGAUCAUGAAAUUCAGCAGUUGUCUUUCUUGAAGCAUGGUUGUAAGAGUAUCACAAGUUUUUUUCAGUUGAAAGUUUUUUAGACUGAUUAGAAAGCUAUGUUCAAAUAUGAUAUUUUAUCCUGUAAAAAAUGAUGCAUCAUCUAGAAGCUACACAUUUUAUAUAAUAAUGGUAGAUAACUCUUCCACCUCAACUGGUUUCAGUCCAAUAGAUGAAAGGAAAAAAUAUAUAUUUUAGCAUGAUAACAUGUUGGUCAAACAAUAAAUUAUAAAACAAUAAAAUAACGUUAUAUGUA